AACACACUGCUCUGUUCCAUGGUGAGAGGAUCAAACUUCCUAAUUCAGCUGUGAGGACUCGAGCAUGUUUUAGACAUCCACAGAGGAAAAGCACGAAAUUAUUGCGUUCAGGAGCUCGGAGAGCGGAUGUCACUCUUUUCGCGCGUUAAAGAACCUCCCUUAGCCGUGUCCAGGAUGGCUCCAGUUAACCGGAAGAGCGGGACGGAUGUUUCUCCUUGUGCGCCUCGGGCAGACAUGUGAAUUUUUACGCACCACCUCGAUGCGAAUUUUUACGCACCAUCGACAAAGAGGGACUCGAAACACGGAAGAAGUGUGUCGCGUCCAGGAAGGCGCAGUAAUGAUGCAGCAUCCUCUGGAGAUCGGGGCUCACUAUUACCCUGCGGAGGCACAGCAGGACCACAGGUCUCACCGGUACAGAAGUUUCAUGAUCGAGGAGAUCCUCACCGAGCAUCCGGACCACAAGGCCUCUCCUCCUGCUGGAGAUUUACUCAAAUUCGGAGUACACGCGCUUUUGUCGGCACGGCCGUAUCCAAAUCACUUAGUGCUGAAGGCAGAGCAGAGCGGCCUCCUGAAGUUCCCCGUGUCCCCGCUGUCGUGUUCUCUCGGGCCGCCGCUCGGCUCUGCGCUGCUCCCCGGGCCUCCGGGGCUCGGUGUGGGCUCAGCCUCGCACCACCUCCCGCUCGACCUGCACCUGCGCGGGAAACUCGAACCCGGAGCCGAAGCACUCAGCAAGACCAAGAAAGGCAGAAGGAGCAGAACCGUGUUCACCGAACUCCAGCUCAUGGGUCUGGAAAAGAGAUUCGAGAAACAGAAAUAUCUUUCGACUCCAGACAGAAUAGACCUGGCUGAGUCUUUAGGCCUCAGUCAGCUGCAGGUCAAAACUUGGUAUCAAAACAGAAGGAUGAAAUGGAAAAAAAUUGUAUUGCAGGGAGGAGGGCUGGAGUCCCCCACCAAACCGAAAGGACGCCCAAAAAAGAACUCCAUUCCUUCCGGUGAGCAGCUUUCUGAGCAGGAGAGAGAGAGGACGAGGGAGGCCGCGAGCGCAUCUUCUUCCUCUUCAUCAUCGUCAUCCUCUUCAUCCUGUUCAGGCCACUCUGAACCCAGUCAGGAGGAAUAAACGUGCCACUCUCCGGCCAUGUGAAUCCAUAUGCUUUAAGGACGCACAGGCUGACUGGCUCUCAUGGAUUGUUUCUUAUCGAAAUCAACGUUUUGGCACUUAAAAACUGAUCCCGACAAGACAAGUGGACCGAUUUUAUAGUUCCAUUUUGCUUAAAACAAACAAACAAACAAACAAACAAACAAACAAACAAACAAACAAACAAACAAAAGCAUGGACUACUUAAUCUUGUUUUUCUCUUUAUGAAAAAUCCAGAGCGACGUUGAGCAGAAAUGGGUCUCUCUCUCUCUCUCUCUCUCUCUCUCUCUCUCUCUCUUUUUUAACCCUUUACAUUGGAGAAGUCGGACAUUUUGCCUGCAAUUCUUGUUCUUGUGCUCCGU